AUGGAACAGACUUCCGCGGUGGGACCGCCUAUUGAACUCCCCAUCAUCGACAUCUCCAACCCCAACGACCCCAAUGUGGGUAAGGCCAUGCUCGACGCAGCCGCCAAGUACGGCUUUCUGUACGUUGACAGCAAAGGGACCGAUUUCGCGGCCGGGGAUGUGAAUAGAGCCUUUGAGCUGUCGAAAGCUUUCUUUGCCUCUCCUGCUGAGGAGAAGGCCACUUGCCGUAUUACUCCUAAUAAUCGUGGCUGGUCAGGCAUGCACAUUGAAACUCUUGAUCCAGAGCAUCAAAGGACCCGGAUCGCGAUACUUCUUCGACUUGUUCUCACCAGAAACUACAGGGCCAUGAACUUUGGCGAAUUCAAGGAUGGGAAAGCGCAGCAACCCCUCCCCCCAUCGCUAGCCCCGCACGAGGCCGAGAUUGGCCAUUUCGCCUCGCUCUGCAACAAGACCUGCAAUCGCAUCCUGAAGCUACUAGCCCUCGGCCUCCAGAACGGUCCCACAGGCUGCAUCCUCCGCUACCUGUACUACCCCUCGAUCUUCUCGCCCGCAACAUCCUCCUACCAGCACGACGUCGACGUACGCGCUGGUGCCCACUCCGACUACGGCAGUAUCACCCUUCUCUUCCAGCGGCCCGGACAGCCAGGUCUUGAGAUCCGGACGCCAGAUGGCUCCUGGGCUCCUGUCCCCGUGCAGCCGGGCAACGCAGAGGAUGCCAGUGCCUACCCGUUCCCGCCUAUUCUGGUAAACAUUGGUGAUCUGCUGAGCUACUGGACCGACGGUCUACUCAAGUCGACGAUCCACCGUGUCGUGUUCCCCUUGUCUGAACAGCGUAGCCCCAACCCGCAGGACAGGUAUAGUAUCGCUUACUUCUGUCAUCCGGUGGACACCACGGAGUUGGUUCCCGUACCCAGUGAAGCUGUCGUCGCUCAUCGCGAGUAUUGCAAGAAGAACGGCAUUACCAAUGAACAGGUUGGCUUCGGUGGCGGAGCAGGGAACAUGGCGCCGGGGAAGCGGGCUUUGACGGCUGACGAACAUCUCGAAUCGAGACUGGCGGCCACAUACGGAUUCAAGAAAGAGUGACGUUGUCAAUAUGGAGAGGUGGCUCCGCGUGGAGCUUGUUGAUCUAAAUCUCAUCAGGUCUACUCUUGAUUUACCCUAGAACUGCUUCAGUACAACCGCUUCGUGUCAGUUUUCAAGAGUGUAGGAAGUAGAUAGUACGUGGUCAAGUUGGGAAAGAAACCAACAGUGUGAGAUGCACCGACAUCAAUCAAUCAGUUGAACAGGCAACUGCAUGCCCUGUAUAUCUUACACCGCAUAUGGCACUCGUUGGCUGAGCUGAGGCAAAGAGAGAGGGCAAUAUGGGAAGUUCAGUUCAAAAGAUCGCACCAGAUUUAUUGGCGUUCAACUAAGACAAAGGAAAAUCGUGAUAAAGAUUAAAAUUCAGCGUCACCAAAUUGUAAGUAGAAGA